AUGCACCCCGAUGCCACCGACAGCAGCGGCGCCGGCCUCACGGACGCCCCGGGCGAGCGGCGGCCGGAUUCCCGGGAGGACGCGGCAGCCCCCGGGGGCCCUGGCGGCGGGAGCUGGCGGGCGCCGGUGGCCGUCGCCGCCCUCGCCGCCGUGUCCCUCUGCUUCCUGGGGCCCGGCUGCUGGGAAGCGGGAAGCGCAGGGCCGGGCACCGUCCUGCUCAGGCUCAGCCUGUACCUGGGCUGCGCUGCGGCCGCCUUCCUGCUGGGGACCUUGUUCUCCCUGGUCUGCCGGAGCCCGCGAGCGCCGCCGCCCGACUUCGCCGCCGCCUGGAGACGGCUGGCCGCGGCCGCCCGCCACCCGCCGGAGAGUCCUGUGUAUGGAAACUCACACGAGUCAGUUCCGUCUAGAAGGGUAGUCAUUUCUCAUAACAUGGACAAAGCUCUGAAGGAAGUGUUUGACUACAGUUACAGAGACUACAUCCUGUCCUGGUAUGGAAGCCUCAGCAGAGACGAGGGGCAGCUCUACCACCUGCUUUCCGAGGACUUCUGGGAAGUUGCCAGACAGCUCCGCCACAGGCUGAGCCACGUGGACGUGGUCAGAGUUGUCUGCAAUGAUGUCGUGAGAGCUUUACUCACUCACUUCUGUGACCUGAAGGCGGCGAGCGCCAGACAUGAAGAACAGCCGAGGCCUUUUGUGUUGCAUGCAUUCUUGAGGAACUCAGAUGAUGAAGUAAGAUUUCUACAAACGUGUUCUCGGGUUCUGGUGUUUUGUCUCCUCCCCUCAAAGGAUGUCCAGUCUCUCAGCUUACGCAUAAUGCUCGCAGAAAUUCUCACAGCAAAAGUCUUGAAGCCAGUAGUGGAGUUACUUAGUAACCCAGAUUACAUUAACCAGAUAUUGCUUGCCCGGUUGGAGCACAGAGAACAGAUGAAUAAACAUCACAAGAGAGCCUACACCUAUGCUCCCUCCUAUGAAGAGUUCAUCAAGCUUAUUAACAGCAACUCUGAUGUUGAGUUCUUGAAGCAACUAAGGUAUCAAAUUGUAGUGGAAAUAAUCCAAGCAACUACAAUUAGCAGCUUCCCCCAGCUGAAGAGGCACAAGGGUAAAGAAACUGCUGCCAUGAAGGCUGAUCUCCUGAGGGCCAGGAACAUGAAAAGGUACAUUAACCAACUGACUGUGGCAAAGAAGCAGUGUGAGAAGAGGAUCAGAAUCCUGGGAGGCCCUGCCUACGACCAGCAAGAGGAUGGGCCCUUGGAUGAGGGGGAAGGGCCUCAAAGCCAGAAGAUUCUUCAAUUCGAAGAUAUCUUGGCCAAUACUUCCUACCGAGAGCACUUUCGAACGUACAUGGAAAGGAUGGACAAGAGAGCUCUGAUUAGCUUUUGGGAGUCUGUGGAAUAUUUAAAGAAUGCUAACAAGAACGAAAUUCCACAAUUAGUUGGUGAAAUUUACCAGAAUUUCUUCAUGGAGAGCAAAGAAAUAUCUGUGGAAAAAUCACUUUACAAAGAAAUCCAGCAGUGUCUUGUAGGAAAUAAAGGAAUUGAAGUGUUCUGCAAAAUCCAGGGAGACGUUUAUGAGACGCUGAAGGAUAGGUAUUACCCUUCGUUUAUCGUCAGUGACCUGUAUGAGAAAUUGAUGAUAAAAGAGGAAGAAAAACAUGUCUCCCAGUUGAUUUCCAACAAGGAUGAAAUGUGUCCUGGAUCAUUUUGGAUUGCCCCAGUUGUCAUCUCCCUUUUACUACUGAUGACCUAUAUGAGUUUGAAGGUUUUGAAGGACCCGGGAGGUGAGGCUGGUGAGGAAUCUGUGGAAGAAGGCACCAGUCGGAUUAAUGAACAAACCAGUUUUGCUGUAAACAAACUACGAGAACUAAAUGAGAAACUUGACUAUAAGAGGCAAGCUCUAAAUUCUAUUCAAAAUGCAUCAAAACCUGACAAGAAGAUUGUUUCUAAGUUGAAGGAGGAAAUAAUUCUAAUAGAGAAAGAACGCACAGAACUUCAGCUGCACAUGGCAAGAACAGAUUGGUGGUGUGAGAACCUCGGUAUGUGGAAAGCCUCCAUCACCAGUGGAGAGGUUACAGAAGAGAAUGGUGAACAAAUGCCCUGUUACUUUGUCAUGGUAAGCUUACAAGAAGUUGGAGGAGUCGAAACGAAGAACUGGACAGUCCCCAGAAGGCUCAGUGAGUUUCAGAAUUUACACCGGAAACUUAGUGAGUGUUUCCCUUCUUUAAAAAAAGUCCAGUUGCCUUCUCUUAGCAAGCUGCCUUUCAAAUCUGUAGAUCAAAAGUUUAUGGAAAAGUCAAAGAAUCAAUUAAAUAAGUUUUUACAGGUCAGGACAGAUCCUCAGAAUAUCUUUGGUUUUGGGUUCUGGGUGGGUUUUUUUUUUUGGUGAUAUAUAUAUAUGUAUAUGUGUGUAUAUAUAUGUAUACUCUACAGACAGAAAAUGCAGAUACCAUGUGUACGGCUUUCUCCAGUUUCACAAACUGGACACACCCUCAUAACUAGCACCUAGUCCCAGAGACAGCGUGUCACCAGUCGCGCCAGCGUCACCACAGGUAACCGUGGUCCCGACUCACGACCACGUGGUUACAGCUGGUUUUGAACUUCACAUGAGUGGAGUCACAGGGCGUGGACCCCCUUCACUCAGGAUCAUGGGCCUGAGGUCCUCCCAUAGGGCUGUUUCAGUUGCAGACCUUUCUUUGAUUUCAUUUUUGUUCUCGUUUUCAUCGUUGAAUGGGCUUCUCCCAGCAUGAACCCUCUGCAGUCUGUCCGUGCUCUUGUUGAUGGGCGUUGUGAGGGUUUCCAGGUGGAGGCUGUUACUAAGCGCCAGUGCUUGUCUUUUGGUGAAUAGCUGCUGGGGAAUCCCUAGGCAUUUGGGUUUUUCAGUUUUUCUGAGUGGUCCUAGCGGUUUGUACACUCUCACCAGUGGCACGCGGGCUUCUCUUCACUCCACACUGGACGGUUUCUUUUGUGACGUUAAAGUUGUGUCUGCUCUUCUGUCGUGUUGCCUGUCUUUUCCGUAUAGCUUUGCAGGAGUUUCGUGUGUGUUUUGGAUGUGUAUUUCUUGUCAGAGCAUAUGUGCUGUGGCUAUCUUCUUUCUGUGGGUUGCCUUUUCGGUCUCUUAAUGAGCAUAAGUUCUCAAUUUUAAUUUAGUCCAAUUUAUCCAUUUUUUAUUUCCUUUUGUGGUGAAUGCCUUUUGUGUUGUGGAGAAAUCCUUGCCUACUGCAAGGUUCUAAAGAUAGUCUCCUUAUUUCCUCUAAACGUAUAACUGGUUUCUUUCACUCUAUCUUUAGAGCAUAAGACCGGACAAAGGUAUGCUGUCUCCAGUAGCAAACCACUAUUUAUUUUUUCCUUAGCUGGGGCCUCUGUAUUCAGGGUAUAAUUAAGUUGCUCACACCAUGCCCCCCAAAGCCCGUAUAGUUCUCGGGGGGCAUGGACCUUUGCCUUGUGAAACACUUUUUGCCAAUGCAGUAGUAGCUAGAAGUCCUGAGACUUAAUAAUGGAUGUUGCCAAAUUCUUAGUAAAAGUUAUGUUAUAUUCAGUUGGAUCAGGGUGUGAAUCAUAGUUAAAGUAGGUACAUUUUAGCUAGAGUUCCCUUGCAAGUGUUUCUAACUAUUUUUCUCUCAUAUAUUCAUCUCUCUCUAAAUAUAUAUGUAUUUUUUAUAAAUAUAUAAGUGUGUGUGUAUAUAUAUAUGUAUAUGUAUAUAUUUCACUCAGGAAAUAAAAU